UAUAUUUGCACUCCAGCUAAAAGUUUUUUUAAUUCCUGCAAAAAUGUCGAAACCAGUUUUAUACUACACUCCCCGCAGUCCUCCCUGCCGUGCUGUUCUAUUAACUGCUGCUGCUUUGGGAGUUGAUUUGGACUUGAGACCCAUGAAUUUGAAAGAAGGCGAUCAUUUGACACCUGAAUUUCUUAAACUUAACCCCCUACACACUAUUCCCGUGUUGGAUGAUAACGGUGUUGUUAUCACCGAUUCGCAUGUCAUUUGCUCAUACUUGGCUGAUAAGUAUGCCGUCGAUGAAACCCUCUAUCCCAAAGAUAAACUUCAACGCAUGAAAGUUGAUGCCCGUCUCUAUUUCGAUUGCGGUCAUCUUUUCCCUCGUGCCCGUUUCAUGGUAGAACCUGUCAUUUACUUUGGUGCCGAUCAUAUUGCCCAAGAAAAAGUUGUCUACAUGCAAAAGGCCUAUGAUGGUCUAGAGAAAUGUUUGACUUCUUCCAAAUACCUGUGCGGUGAGGAUCUUACCAUUGCCGAUUUAUGCUGCAUAGCUUCGGUCUCUACCGCCAUGCUUUUUGCUCCCAUCGAAGAGGAGAAAUUCCCCAAUGUUAAAGCCUGGGUUGAUCGUCUAGCUGAAUUGCCCUACUAUAAGAAGAAUAAUCAGGAGGGAGCUGAUGUUUUGUUCAAAUUUGUACAAGAAAAGAUGGAAGAGAAUAAAAAAGCUAAAAGCGCUUAAACAAAUUAUCAUAAAAUCAUAAAAACUAUAUUUAUUGUACUGUGUGCAAAGUGUGUAAAGAAACAAAUUUAUUUGAAAUAAAUUUUUUUGUAGCAAAAUGUUAAAAUAGAAAA